UCAACAAAAUAUUGAUGAUUUAAAACAAUUAUUAUUUUCAACCGAAAAUGAUGAUGAUGGAGAAAAUCAAUCAAAACUAUCACCACCAUCAGUAUUGGAAUCGAUCCAUAUAAUCAAUACAUUAAUUUUAAGCUCGAAUCGUAUCCAAAGAAUUGAACAAGAAUAUUUUGGCCAUAAAUUCUGGUAUAAAGAUUUAAAUAAUCUUUUAUUGAAUCAAAAUUUAUUAACAACAAUACCAAAUGCAACAUUUAUUCAAUUUAAAUCAUUACAAUAUUUAAAUUUAGCAUCAAAUCGUUUGACAAAAUUACAUCCAUUAAGUUUUUUUGGAUUGAAUAAACUUUUAAAACUUGAUCUUGGAUCGAAUAAAAUUAAAACAUUUCCAUUGGAUUCAAUUUCGCCAAAAAUUCUGCCAAAUUUAAAUGAAAUAAACUUACGACAAAAUUUUAUCAAAGUGAUACCCGCACAAGCGUUCAUCGCAACAUCAAUAAACAUUCCAUUGUUUGAAUCAUCGAAACAACAACAAAAUGAUGAUUUCAAUUACAAAAGUCAUAUAAUUAAUUUUGAUCUUUCAUCAAAUCCAAUACAAAAAUUUGCGUCAGAUUCAUUUGUUCAUAUGCCACGAUUACAUAAAAUUUAUUUUUCCGAAAUACGUUCACAAAGAAAAUUUCCCAACCUAAAUGGAACCAAUUCUGUUGAACAUAUACGUUUAGAUCGUAUGCAAAUCGAAUCAAUCGAUCAAAGAUUAUGUGAAAAUGUUGGUAAAACAUUGAAAAGUUUGAUUGUUAAAUCAAAUCGAAUUGAUCGAUUACCACCGAUGGAUUUUUGUAUUGAAUUAAGAUUACUUGAUGCAAGUUAUAAUGAAAUCAAAUCAAUCGAUUCAAAAUCAUUUUAUAAUCAACAUAAAUUGAUUGAUUUAUCAUUAAGUCAUAAUCAAAUUGAAAUGAUUGCAAUCGAUUCAUUUGAUGGUUUAGUUAAUCUUAAAGUAUUAAAUAUGGAAUCAAAUCGUAUUCAAUGGAUUGAUUCGAAUGCAUUUCGACCAUUACGAUCAUUACGUGAUUUAAAUCUUGGUCAUAAUACAUUUUCCGAAUUACCAACAGCAGGUUUAAUAAAAAUUCUGGAACUCAAAGUACAUGGAAAUCAAAAUUUACGUAACUUUCCACCAAUAGAAUCAUUUCCAUAUGUACAAACAUUGGCAAUGUCAUAUGCAUACCAUUGUUGUUCAUACCAAAAUCGUAUGCAAAUAAUAAAUCCAGAAAUUUCAAAUAAUAAUGAUGCAGCAUUACCAAGUGUAUCACCAUCAACAAUUAAUUCAAAUUCAGAUGAUUCAUUUCAGGAUUCAAUUCUUUGGUUAGAAGAUAUAGAUGAUUCUAAUGUUAAUCUGACAAUUACUGAAUUGGCACAACAAUUUUGGAAAUUAUAUCAUCAACAACAAGCUGCGCCAAUACCAAACAAUCCAAAUGUUCCAAAUAGUAAUAAUAAUUUUGAUAUGUUUGUUAAUGAUUUUUAUGCUGCUAUUGAAACACCGGCUGCAGUUGUUUGGGGUGAUAUGAUUGAUAGUGAUGAAUUUGCUGGCAAUGAUAAAUCAUCAUCAGUUUAUUUUCAACAAAACGAUCGUAUAACAAACAAACCGAUAAAAUGUUUACCAAAACCAGAUCCAUUUAUGCCAUGUCAAGAUUUAUUUGAUUGGUGGACAUUACGUUUUGGUGUUUGGCUAGUAUUUCCAUUAGCAUUAAUCGGAAAUGGAACUGUAUUGAUUGUAUUGAUAUUUGGCAGACGUCGUAAACGACGUCGUUCAUCAUCAUCAUCUAUAUCAAAAUUAGAUGUACCACGGUUUUUGGUUUGUAACUUGGCUGCAGCUGAUUUUUUUAUGGGUAUUUAUUUAGGAAUGUUAGCAUUGGUUGAUUUGGUUACACUUGGAUAUUUUCGUUCGUAUGCAAUACGAUGGCAAAAUUCAUUUGUUUGUCAAUUAACCGGAUUUGCUGGUGUGUUUAGUGCUGAAUUAUCAGUGUAUACAUUGGCUGUUAUAACAUUGGAACGAAAUUAUGCUAUAACACAUGCUAUGCAUCUGAAUAAACGAUUAUCAUUUCGGGCUGCCAUUAUGGUUAUGUCAUUUGGUUGGUUUUUUGCCUUAUCAAUGGCAUUAUUACCAUUGUUUGGUAUAAGCGAUUAUCGUAAAGUAGCUGUUUGUCUUCCAUUCGAUAUUGAUAAUUUAUUAUCAUUUAUUUAUAUAAUAAGUUUAAUUAUAUUCAAUGGUAUUGCAUUUCUACUAUUGAUCGCAUGUUAUCUGCGAAUGUAUUGUGCCAUACGUGGAUCGCAAGCAUGGAAUUCAAACGACACCCGGAUAGCAAUGCGUAUGGGACUAUUAGUAUUUACGGAUUUUCUUUGUUGGGCACCAAUUGCUUUUUUUACCAUUACAACAUUAGCCGGUUGGAAUUUGAUAACGAUUGAAGAGGCAAAAAUUUUCACCAUAUUCAUUCUUCCAUUAAAUGCAUGUGCAAAUCCAUUUCUUUAUGCAUUUUUUACUAAACAAUUUAAAAAAGAAUGUACAAAUCUCUAUAAACGCGUUGAUGCAUCCAAAUUGUUUCGACGAUCUCAGCAUCGAUCAUGUUUUGGUCGAAGACAACAACAAUCAUUAGUAAUAACUGAUCCACUAAGUCCACAACAACAACAGCAACAGGAAAUGAGCGAUUGUAAAAUUUGCAUUCAUAACCAUCAUCUUGAUGAACGAAUAUCGGAUUCACCGGAUCGUCAUCAUAGUGAUGAUGUUAAUGAAAUUAUAAAUCCCAUAAAUCCAAUGAAGAACGAAAAUCAUGAUUGUCAUUGUGAUUGUCACAAUAAUCGGAUAAUAAUUUCAUCAAAAUCAGAUAAUGAUAUUAAUAAACGAAAAAAUCGAAUUCGAUCAAUUGAAUCGGAUCAAAUUGAUCGUCGUUCAUCAUCAUCCUAUACUAGCCAAUUUAUUCGACAAUUUAUACCACGAUCAUUGAUGACAAUGAAUAAAUCAGAUAAUUUACCAAAUAAUAAUAAUCGUCCAUUGAAAAAAUCAUCAAUUAUCCAGGGGAAACAAUUCAAAAGCAAUUCAAUUAUUUAUCAAAGUAAUUAUCGUAAAAAUCAUAUUCAUAUGACAUUGGAAAAUGAAUUAAAAUCACCAAUACCACCACCACCAACAACAACUAUAAGUGAUCAUAAUAAUCAGAAGAAGAAACAAAUGCCAACCAACAACAAAACAAAUUCUUCCUCAUCAUCAUCUUCAUCUUCUUCGAACAAACAUGAUGAUAAUAAUAAGCAAAGUGAUGAAGAUAUUCAUAAUGAAAAUGAUCAUCGACAAAAUAAUAAUGCAAUCAUUAUGAUUGUCAAUGAACAAAAUACAAACGACAAUAAUAAUGUUGAAUAUCAAUUAUCCAAAUGUAAUCGACAUCAUUAUGUUAAACAUCAUCAUCAUCAUCCAAAUUUAACAACAACAAAUGCAAUGACAACAGGAAUAUUAAUGUUGAAAAAUAAAUUUAUUCGUCAUAAUCCAAAAAACUAUGUUCGUAAGAUGUCAACAGAUUCACAAUAUGAAUUUUCAUAUUAUAGUAAUCGUAAAGAUUCAACAUCAACAACAAAUGGUCGUUUAUCAUUUAGUAGUGGUGCGGAUAAUAAUCCAACAACAACAUCAUCAUCAUUUUUUAGUAGUAGCGGUUUUUGUUCAUCAAAUAAUCGUCAUCGAAAUGUUAAUCCAACAACCGAAACAACAACAACAACAACAAUAGCCGGUGAUUUAUUAUUGAAUCAAGAUCAAUUCAAUAGAAUUAUUCAACAAAGUUCAAUAUUUACUGAACAAAUGAAAAAAUGUUUAUUGGAAAAUACUACUGAUCAUGAUGAUGAUGAUGACGAUGAACUGGUUAAUCAACUACUAAACCAUGCUGGUAGUCAUGAACAAAGAUUCAUUUUAUUAUCAUUUUAUGAACAAGAAUUUCAUUAUAAAUAUAAUAAUAAAAAAUCUUGUUUACCAACCAAUGAUGAUGAUGAUGGUAUUGAUGAUAAACAAAUAUCGGAUCAAUAUAUUUUAUAUUUAUUACAACAAAUCGAUUCAACAACAACAAUCAAUCAAUAUAAUCGAUUAAAAGUUUUAUUGAUAUUUCGAAAACAAUCAGGUUCGAUGAAAGAAGAAAAUGAUUAUUUUAGAAAAAAAUUUGAUACAAUUACGAAUAUAGAUUGUAUUGAACAUAAAUUAAUUGAUAAAUUUAUGGAAAAUUUAUCAGCAAAUAAAUCUUUUAGAAAUUUUCAAGAUGAUUAUUUUGAAAAUCUAGCCAUUCAUUCAAUGGUAUUUGAAUGUCGUAUUCGAUUAGCCUGUGGUGGUGGUGGUGGUGGAAGAGAAUUGGAUGAAAUAAAUGAAGAAACCAAUUCACAAACUAAUGGCAAUGGUAGCAAUAAUCGUUUACAGGAAGAAUCAUUGAAUAAUAUUAAUAUUAAAAAAUCACAAACAUCAUUAAUGUCAAGCAGUCAUGAACGAAUAAUGAAUUUUUUACAAAUAUUACUUCCAAAAUCCAGCGGUAACAACAACAACAACCAAAAACAGAAAAAUGAUGAUAAGAAAAAUUCAUCAUUUUAUCGAAAACCAAAUUCAUUGGUCAAAAAGCCACAUUCAUUGGCAACAAAAUCAUCUGGUCACCAUCAUCAUCAUCAUCAUUGUCAUCGUCGUUCAUCAAGUGCAUUUGCAUUGAAUGAACCAAAAUUAUUAUUAAGUGAACAAUUUCAUCAUCAUCAUCAUCAACAUAAUCAACAACAACCUAUAUCGGAAAUGAAAAAUUUUUUCGAAACAAAAAGAAAAAGCUAUACAACAAGUCAAUUACAGGUUAUUGAAUCAUUAUUAACAAGUCCAACAAAUUCACAAAAAUCCGAUUCAAUCAUACAGGAAAUUCGUAGCCGAUCAGCAAUAUCUGAUGUUAUUAUUCGUAUUAAUCAUAGUCCAAACAGUAAUAUUGUUGAUAAUCAAAAUGAUUUGGAUGAUUCUUAUGAUAAAAUAUCAACAUUACAAAAACCAAAACAAACAACAUUAAGUGAUCGUGAAAUAUCAUACAAUAGUCAAUAUAAUAAUGAUGAUGAUAAUAAUUUUAAUGAAAAUCACAAUAAUAAACAUCGAUAUCAUUCAUAUGAAUUUAUAAUGAACAACAAUGAUCCAUGUUGAUUUCUUCCGUUGGCAAAUAAAGAUUCAAUCAAGUUUGAUUGAACAUUUUUUUUGGAACGUGAUAUGACCAGAAAGUGAAUUAUAUUUUGACUAAAUCCCUGUUCGGAAUUCUCUUUGUUCUUGUAUUCGGCAUUUUUAUUUAUUGGAUUUUUAUGUUUUGGAAAUUCUUUUCUCUCCGAAUCUCAACAACAUCAUAUUGAUCAAUGCUGUGAUUGAAAUUUUUCUUCUAUAAUU